UCCCCAAAAGCGCGCCUCCGAGCUGGACUGAGAAGGGUAGCAGAGCGAGAGAGGGAGGAGUGACCUGCCUGCUGCUCGCCAGCCAGCCAGACCGCGCGGGAGCUCAGUAACUUUCCGACAGUGCGAGAAGGAGGAUUGAUGCGCUGCGCUCUCCGCCCAGUGACUCGAGCCGCCCCAGCCGAGGGAACUUUUGCGAAUAGCGUGCCAGGAGUGAACUAAAGGAAGCCGCGUGCGUCCAGGAGGAAGAGCCGAGCGUGACCCAAAUACCUUUAAUUUUUUCGAAAGUCCUCCCCUUCCGUCCACCUUUAAAGAGAACACUGAAAAAGAGUAAAAAGAGAGAAAAAAAAAAAAGGGAAAAGUGAGCUUGUGUGGACUGUUGAAAGCUCUAUAAACUUGCAGGAAGGAAAAAGGUGAAACAAAAAAAAUACUUGAACAAUUAAGGUUGUAUGAACUCUCCUAAUUAACUCAUUCAUAGGGAAGAGAGGCGGCGUCCAGGUAGAGACGGAGAGGAGAGAGAGAGAGAGGGGCAGAGGUGAGCCAGCAUCAGUAACGCACACCUACCUGCUUACCUACGCGUGUUUACCUGUCCCGCCUACCUGCCUACCUGCCUAUCACCCUGCUGAGCAUUACAGGGCAACAUGGCGACGCGAGGUGAAGGAAGGUGAAGAGGAAACACUGAAGAAGGUGACAACGAAUAAUACGAAGAGGACAACGACGAAGGGAGGUGACAAGAUGGCGGGAAGGACGCUACUUCUGCUGAUUGUGAUGGCGACUUGCUCCUUCACACAGGCUAUCAAAGACGCGCCAAGACGCACCACACAGAAGUCAUCGGAGCAGAAGACAGCCCAAGUUGGCGAGGACGUGAGGCUCUCGUGUCCCAUUGACGGCACGCCCCAACCCAUCUAUGAGUGGACCAAGGGGGAGGAGGUGAUCCCGGAGGAGGGCUGGGAACGUAUGAAGCUGCAAGGGAAGAUACUCAAGAUCCGGGAGGUGACUCUCGGCGACCAGGGAGUGUAUGUGUGUUCGGCGGUCAAUGGAUUCGGCAAGGAGAUCUUCACUAUUACUCUUACUGUUACUGACCCGCUCUCCAGCUCCUCGUCAGCAUCUGGUUCUUUCCCCGGUGGCCUUCCCCCGGAGUUCACGCAGCUCCUCCCUCCAGUGCCGGGCAAGAUCGACAAGCCAGUGGGUCAUAACGUGAAGCUCAAGUGCCAGGUCAGCGGAGAGCCCGAGCCUUCCAUCACCUGGUUCAAGGAUGGAAUGGAGUUGCGGGAAGGGCCACUGGGGGGAGAAUCGCGGCUCACCCGCCACAACCUCCACCUGAUGGACUUGAGGCCGCAGGACGCUGGCACCUACACCUGCGCCGCCGCCAACCCCCUAGGAGCUGCGGCAGCCAACUGGACGCUGCGAGUUAUAGACCAAGCCCGUCCAAGAGAGCCAGAGUUCAAUCCUCAAGACCCUGCCAACACCACAGUGCCGGUGGGAAAGUCCGCCACCCUGCAGUGUAGUGGAAACUCUGAGGUGGUGCCUCACAUCAAGUGGCUGCGUCGCCUGGAGGACGGCUCCCAUGAGGCGGAGCACAUUCCUGACAACGAGACCCUGAAGUGGAAGGGCCACCGUUACGUGGUGCUGCAGGCCACCCAGGUGCUCACGCCAGGGGAUGGUUCCUUUUACACUAAGUUGGUAAUACCUCAUGUAACCGAACAGAACAGUGGUGUGUAUGUGUGCACUGCCACCAACAACUUUGGGUUGGCUUACAGACAAGCUCAGCUCUCUGUUUAUGAUGAGUCUUCAGCAGUGACGGAACAAGGGGUGCAAAAACAGGGGGGCACUCAGGGGGGCACAGAUCAGUCUUCAGGCAACAACACACUGAUCCUAGUGGUUGGUCUGGUGUGUGUGGUGGCAUUAGUAGCAGUGAUCAUUGUUGUGGUGAUGGUACGAAAGGUUCAGACCACCAAGCCACCACCUCCACCAAGCUCUAAUGAGAGUGCACUGCUGCCCCCUCAACCAAUGAACCAGGCCAAGGUGCAGCCGCCACCAUCCCACCACCCACGUUACGUCCCAGGAAUUCACAACACACAGCAACAGCAGCAGCAGCAGGCACCACAUGGCCACUCUGUGGGUCCUGAGGGGCCACUGCUCCAGUAUGCUGGUGGAGUGGUGCACCUACCCCCACAGUCAUCAAUGACAGGAAAUGGCCAAGGAGCUCAGCCUAUUAUUGUGUACCAAGACCCAGCUACUGCAGCUUCUGUGUACAUUGCACAGCGGCCCCCGACACAGGCAGCCACGGCAAGCAGACCUGAGUAUCAGUACCAGCAUCUGGACGUUAUAUGAUCACGGGGAAAGGUAGUGUAGUGGGGACUGUGUUUGCUGUGAUUGUGAUGAAUGGAUGCCACUGACAAUUUGAACUUGAUGUACUAAUUCAGUGUCAUGUGAACUCUCAGUGUCUACAAAGUCGAACACAGAAAAUUUAUAUGUUUUGAAAAUGCAUAUAUGUAUGUAUGUAUGUAUUAUUAUAUGAAAUUUAGUAUUAGAUAUUGACUUUCUCAGCAAGAAUCUGUGAUAAAGAUGAAAAUUACAAACAUGAAUUUUUACGUUUUCACCGUCAGUCCAUAAAGCAGUACGUGUGCCGCACGUGUGAAGACAUCAUGGAAAUGUGACCGAUGCUGUACAGUGUAAGUAGACAAGAAACUCUAGUCGAUCAUAAUCCACUAAGUUAGUGUACUUCAAGAAUGAUUUCUGAAAUGUCUGUUCACAUCUAUAGUUUAUAAUCAAUUUCCAGAAAAAAAAAAAAGAUGUGCUUGGUAAGAAUUCAGUUUUUAUUUCAUAUUGUAUGAAUUGCAGUGUCAAGAGUUAUCAACAAGUCCAUAGAUAUUUUCUACAUAUGUAUAGAUAGUUACUUAUAAGGGUAAUACUGAAGCAAAAUAUAAGGUAACAGAUACUUCAUAGUUCAUUAGAUUAUCUUUAUUGAGGCAUAUGAAGUCUAGUCAUUCACAACAUUGUCAAUGGUUUUGAAAUCUCUACACUUGUGUACAGUAAACAAUAGUCAUAGAAUAUACAUGUAUUUACUCAUUCCAUGUUGGAAAAUACCCAUUAUUUUUCUUAUACAGAGAAUGAUUCCUUUCUAUGACGCAAAAUUAAAGAAUGAAUAAUCAAAUGAUGUGUCUUGUGUGUGUGCCAAAGGAAUCAGCAAUGUUUACCUUGUAUUCAUUUCUGCCAAUUCAAGGAGGUAACAUUCCAUGACUGAGACACUGGUAAUGUACAUACAAGAACAUGAAUAUGCCCACACAAAAGGAAAGAUGUACAGUACAUGAUUAAUAUAAUGGAUGUGUUCAGGUAUGUGACAAACACUACACAUUUUUUUUUUUUUUUAUAUAUGUAUCUUGUUUAUUUAUUUGUUUAUUUUUAUAGAAGCAUCCAUAGUGUUGGAAGUAGCUAAGCAUCAUCCUGCUGGCUUCCUGUCAGCAGAUUUUGUCUUUGGCUUUUACUGUGAAUUUAUGUUUAUAUGCAAACCCUUUUGUAAGUGUAUCUCUUCAGAACAAAACUACUUCCAAAGGAAAAGUAUUAUUUGUGACAGUGCUUAAGUUGCCUUCUUAUUGAUCUAUAUGCAGUUCAUUAGGGUCUAUCCACAUAAGGCAGUGCACACUGACAUGCUUGAUAACUUAUUCAAACAGGAGAGUAAUGCAUAUGGUGGCCAUACUAAUCUGAAAGUAGAUUUCCACAACAGGCUCUUUCAUAUAUAUUUACCAUCCAUGUCCUUGAUGGUGAAAGAGUUAUGUAUAUAUUUUAUGAUAUGCAAUGAAGACUGUAGAUAUUAGCAGGAAUAGUUCAAUUUCUACCAACACUUUUCUCAUGGAGACAGAUUUUAUGAUGUUUGCUCAAUGUUUGUCUAACAGACACAAGUGAAAUAUUAUAACUGAGAAGAAAGGAACCAUCACCUUUGUCCACCUAUGUACCUGAACCUUUCAACAUUAUGAUCUUACAAAAGAAAAAAAGGAAAAAAACUAUGAUUCUCAUCCUUGCUGGGAGAGCUCUUAGUUUUUAGUGCCUCCUGCUUAAGAUGUGAAGAUACUGUAUUGCAUUCAUUCAGUUCUAAGUUCCACUCUGCUCUUUUUUUUUUAAAUACUUCAUUUCAUGAGGGGGAGAGUCAUUGCUAUUAAGUUAUUGCUAUGGAUAUUUCUCCUUUUAGAUCCAUUUUAUAAAUACUUAAAGUAUUUAUAAAUACUUUAAGCCUUGUUCAACAUCACUAGAGUCAAAAAAAAUGCCCUACACAAUCCCAACUAAAGUCUCAUACAAACAGUAAGUGCUGAAUCACAUGGCAAUGCAUUCUUUAAUCUCAUACUAAAUCAGAAGCUUACAUUUCAGCAUAAGAACAUAAAUGGGUUAUCACAAAGACGAGAUAUCUCUGCAACAAUGGAGGAAAAAAUGUUUGGAGGAUGAGUGAGUGAGAUAUAGCUCAUGUAAUUUUCAAAAAGCUUAUAUAAUUUAGAAAUGUAUGCCUACUGUAAGAAAAGUCUUGGAUCAGAGUAAAGAGAAGUGAUUAUGAAGUAAUCUUAAAUAACAUAACAAAUUUCCUUACACUAUGUUCUGGAUAUUUCCUCAGUCUUGAAUAUUCCUUGUAAAGACCUGACAACUGAUCGAUAUAUUCUUAGAAGACUAAAGGGGAGGCACAGUGAAAGUGAGUGAAAACCACGACUGUCCUUGCAGUAAUUGGAAGGAAGAGCAAGCAUAAUGAAGUGAUGGAAUGCAUGUAGUGAGUCUGUAGAGAGCUUGGAGCCUGUCAUGUUUGUAUGUGUAGGUAUAUUAUUCACAAAUAAGCCUACUUUUGUGUAACUUAUUCAUAUUCAUCUAUAAGUUUGUUUUAAGACUAUUGAUCACAAACAUACAUAAUAGAUCAUGAGUUCUUGAGUUAAUAUCUACAUGCAGCCACUCUUGUCCAUGCUAAAGUCUCCAGUCAUUGUUAAAUAAAUGCUAUUUCUACAA